GAGAUUGCUGAGCAUGGGCGUGGUGAAGGGGCCUGUCUUCUUGCGGAGUACAUCGAGUGCGCCUGCAGCGGCGUCAUGGCGUGCUCCACAUGCCAUGUGUAUCUGGAUGAUGCAUCCUUCAAGACGGCAGGGCCUCCAGAUGAAGCGGAGCAGGACAUGCUGGAACUGGCCUUCGAGCCGCAGGAUACUUCCCGCCUGGGCUGCCAGCUACGGCUAACGCCGGCCCUUGAGGGCAUGACCGUGCGCAUUCCCGGGGGUGCCAACAACAUGUUUGAUUUCAUCCCCUUCGAAUGA